GAUGACCAUCUGUAUUAUUAUUAAUUAUUAAUUGAAAUUUUUUUUUUCCGACAAAACUACAAAUAGCAAUUUGAUUGAACCAUUCCUGGCUAGUGAAACAGUUGGUAGGCCCACAAUUGUUUCUUUCUUUUCUCUUUGAUGAUGAGGACAUGGAUCAUCUUCUUAAUUUUUUUUUUAAACUUAUAAUACAAAGCCUCAGCGUGUGCCUUCAAAGUUCACCACCGUCCACCAUAGCCUUUCUUCUCCAAAAACCCAAAAUCCUAAACCCAAGAAUUCAACAGUGAUGUCGACCCCUCUCAAUCCAGACGCCUCUGUUCUUGCAAACCUAAUGGAAUCUCACUUCAAGGAACUAGAUCUGAUCCCAGAACAGUUUCCCCAGAAGAAAGAAGAAAUGGUUCCCAUACUGGAAAACUGCUUGUCACACUCUUGCCUUGAAGAGUGUCUUGCAGAUCAAAUUGCUCCCGGUCCGGUCGACUCUGCUUUCAUCAAGGACUGCGUGGCGCAGGUUCUGGUGGCCAGCAACAAACGCUUCAUCAAAAUUAUGCAUAGCUCCCUUGUCCAAGCUGGCAAGGAGAAAGAAGCUCAAAAGUACCUCGAAAAGGUGCUCAAGGAAAUGGAGGAUAUGGGAUUAGACAUAAAUCCUUCGAGUUUCUUCAUGCCUCCAGCACCACCUGAGGUUUUUCCCACUCCGGCACCGGGCUGGAGGCCCGGCCAGGGUACGGCCGACGGUAUUUAGAGGCCUAAUUGACAGCUUGGAUGAGGCUGGCAUUGUGCCUGAGACGGAGGACAGCCCUUCAACAGCCGUGGGGCCUAACCCUGUUGGAUUAGUUCUUCACGUUGGUGAGGUUACAGACCGGUCUAUGAUGGAUGCUGCAGCUGAACACAAGCAGAAGAAGGGGGUGAUGGAAGUAGAGGUCUCUGACACAGACUAAGCAUCACCCAGUUAUCCUGUUUUCUUUCAUUUUAUUUUGAAGAGUACAAUCGUCCUAGCGGCAUUAGAAUGAUUCGAUAUAUACUUGCAGUACGUAUUAGGAGCUUGGUUAUGAGCCAUGAUUUCAUGCAAUCCUUUUGCAUAUGUACUUGCUGCACGGGAUAUGCAUCCUUGUUUUUGUUUGGACAUCUUU